AAAGAUAUUUACGUCUUUAAAUAUUAACUAACAUUGUCCCUAAAUUUCUGUCUGGGUUUCCGAAAACUUGACCCGUAUAGAGAACCGUGAAUUAUUAACAAAAAGGCGGGUGUUGUGGCUCUAGGUCACUUUUAAUUGGCGGUUGAGCAAACAAAAGCGCGAGCCGUCGAUACGAAUUAACGGUUCAAUUAGUUUUCUUACGCUGGUAGUUGUAUGUGGUCAUUGACGAGAUAGCAAAAUGUACAACCAGACGCCACCAGCGAAUCCAAACACUUUGAGUAUUUUAGGUGCGGAUUAUAAUUUUAAUAAGCCGAGAAGAAGCGUUUACUUGGAGAGUUCGCAGUCGUUUUAUCAGCGACAUGAUAUUCGCAAACCGUCCAGAAUUGAUCCCAAACAGAUCUCAGACUUUAGGCAGUCGGACAUUAAGAGUCUGGUUAUAGAUGGGUUCAGGCCGAUGAUUUACCUUUUGAGGGCGGUGGGGAUUUUCCCCAUUGCUGCCGAGGGUCCACAAUUCCUCGUAACCCCCCAACUCCUCAUUUACUCAGUGGCCGUAUUUGGUUUCGUAGUGGGAUUCAUAGGGUACAUAAAAUGGGACAAGGUGGAGAUAAUACGGUCCGCUGAAGGCAGAUUUGAGGAGGCUGUGAUUGACUAUCUUUUCACUAUUUACUUGGUACCGAUUUUAUUAAACCCCAUAGUUUGGUACGAGGCUAGGAAACAAGCUAGAGUUGUCACCGCCUUGGUUGAUUUCGAACAUAUUUACAAUAGGACUGCAAAUAAAAAAUUGACGAUCUACGUGGGGAAUAAGCCGUUGAUGCUCACCAUUCUUUUGCCAGUUUUAUCAUGUGUUGUUAUGGUUAUUACUCAUGCUACCAUGGUGCAUUUUAGAUUGAUACAGGUUAUACCAUACUGUUACGUAAAUACAGUAACAUUUUUGAUAGGAGGAGCUUGGUUUAUGUUCUGCGAUAUCAUAGGAAAAAUAGCUACAAAAAUAUCAGAGGAUUUCCAGAAAGCAUUGAAAAACGUGGGCCCUUCUACUAACGUAGCAGAUUACAGAGCCCUCUGGAUGAUGCUUUCGAAAAUUAUUAAAGAUUUCGGCAAUUCCUACGCUUUUUGUUUGAUAUUUUUGAGUUUAUAUUUAUUCUUGAUUAUAACUUUAACUAUUUACGGGCUGCUGUCGCAAAUACAGGAAGGGCUGGGAAUUAAGGAUAUCGGUUUGACAAUCACUGCCAUUUUUGCUAUAGGGUUGUUGUACUUUGUUUGUGAUGAGGCUCACUAUGCAUCAAAUUGUGUAAAAGCUCAUUUCCAAAAAAAAAUUUUGCAAGUGGAACUGUCUUGGAUGAAUGAAGAUGCACAAGAUGAGAUAAACAUGUUUUUAAGGGCGACUGAAAUGAACCCUACUGACAUAAGCGUAGGGGGUUUCUUUGAUGUGAACAGGACCUUAUUUAAAUCUUUGUUAGCGACAAUGGUUACUUACUUGGUGGUACUUUUGCAAUUCCAGAUCAGUAUACCUGAGGACACCAGUAACUCCAAUAUUACCAUUGUUGCAGCUCAAACUCCAAGUUAA